AAUCCUGAUUCUGUCGAAGGGUUGGAUAUCAGCCUUCAUUUAUCUCUAUACAUUGCCUCUUCCAUUGAAUCCUCUUUUUGUUACCCUAUUCCAGUCUUUAUCUGUCUCCGUAUCGUUGCAGUGAGGGGGCCAUUUCCUCACUCAACAGGUCUCUUCAUGCUUUUGUUGAAUAGCUGGGAUCAGGAGAUGUCUUUCCCUCGCGGAAACGCUGGCUCUGAGGGCAGAACGGGAAGGAUGGAUGAGUAUAUGACGGAUCUAGACCCUCGGUGGUCGAGCGUAGAUGCUUCUCAAUUCAUAGGUGUCUCUCUUCCAUACAGCGCGGCUGGUCACCCUUCGGCGGCAGCCUUGACUCCAAUCAGUCUACCCGAUAGCUCUUUUAUCGAUACUGGCCCGAGUCCAGUACUGAGCCGGCACUCGCAGGAAUAUCAUUAUCAGCCCAUCGGGGAUCCUACUCCACAAUACCAUGGGCUAGGGAUUACUGCACCUUUCCCGGAAAACUUCCCCGUGCAAGCACCUGCGGGUUAUGCUUUCACUCAUGGAGGGCAAAUUAUUGACUAUGACCCUACUUCAGCUGCGCGGACGAUCACAUCACCACGAGGCCAGCGACCAAGGCCCGAGACCAAAACUGUAGCAACGCGAAGGGGCACGCCUGUCUCGAUUCUUCCGCACCCAGAAGGACUUCGUCGCAUGGAGCAGGAACGUCUCCACGGCCACAUACCAGAAUCACAGCCAAGAGAGCUCCGACGACCGCGAACCGGCACACGAGGUCGACGAGACCCUAACGCAGACGAAGAGGACGACUUUGUGGAGCAGCUCCGAGAGCAGAAUGUUGCCUGGAGAGUGGUUGCAGAGCGGUUCCGGGAGCGAUUCCAUAAAGACACUUCAGAGGCACGUCUCCAGAUGCGGUUGCAGAGACGGCGCAAAGGUCGAGCGGCAAUGUGGGAUGAGGAUGAUAUUCGACUGCUAAGGAGAGCGUACGAUUAUUGGCAGGAUAAAAAGUACACGAUUAUCGCGGAGAAGUUACAGGAAUUAGGCGCGAAACGGCCAUACACUGAGCAAGAAUGCGAAGCGCAGCUGCGAAUUGAGCUGGGCGAGGUCGUUGGCCCUUCAGAUAUCCAUGCGCCUCCACGACCAGAUGCGCAACGGCGUCGGAAACGAGCUAGUUUAAAGUCAUCACGUCGAAGAGGGGAAGGUGGAGAUGACUAAAUAAGACUCGUCUCUCUUUUGUUGUUCAGGUCUCCUUGUCCCUUUUCCAUUCAUUUUAUUGUUCAUUUCUUUUUUACCCCCGAGCGAGCCAAUCUCGGUUACACCACAGCACGCAUUGUUUUGUUUCUUCUUUCCUAUUUGAAUGAUAGCCU